GUCAAGAAAGAUUAAGAUUCUUAAUUGUUUUGUCACAUUGCGAGCUGUCACACGAUCUGUUCCCAACUAGAUGCAUAUGCCUGUCGUGUAUCUUGCGAUUGUAACUUCGUAUGGGCAACAAACUUAGUAUCGAAAAUGAAUUGACAGUUUAACGGAAACUUUGUGGAACACACGUCGAGUAGCAAUUGUACAAUCUGAAUAAAAUAAAUGCUUUUAAACUUGUAAUACUUCUUAUGUCAAAGCGUAUGCGCAGAGUAGUUAGUUAUCUAGAAACGGUAUGAAGAUGUGUAACUUGAAAGUGCAUCACAAGCGUUGUCAAUGAAAUUGUCUUGUUUGCGAAGCUUUAAACUUUUGAGUACUGAGUUUGCCACUUCGAGCUCUGAAGCUAAUCACAACGAAAUAGCGUGGAACGUCGCACGCAUAUUCCAUAAUAUACAUUCUGUCGUUUAGUUGUAGGGAUUUGAAAUGCUCUACUAAUUCGAAUCUGCAUCGCCGUGAACAUUGGCUCAGUUGCUAUCACCUUCUCGUUAAUGCAGACUGUUGGCAUCAAGCAUACGACGCAUGUGUCGGAUCUUAUCCAGUCAAGCGAAGGCCAGAAUAUACUUCUAGCUCAAAGUGUCCAAGUCGGAUACUGAGAGUCGCUGGAAUGUACGAGACGGAAGAUGUUGUGGACGUAGAGUACACUGAUUACACUACUUCGCUCGAUAUCAACCACUUUGAGUCAAUCGUGACGGACCCAGGUGUCGAGCAUGAGGAUACUGACGAGAGAGUCACUUUUCAUACAAGCAAUUUCAUCAUCAAAUUAAAAGCAUCAAUGCAAGACAAUAAAAAUUUAGGCUACGAGUAUGUCGCUGACCUAAUUUUAUGGAUAUCUCUGUGAAAUCUUGGCACGUCCAGGCUGUAUUGCCCACAAUGGGGAUACAUUGUCAUCCAUCAAAACUGGCUACCGACCGUAAAGAUCGAGAUAUUCCUGUUACUCUGAUCCAAACAUCGGUACUAAUGUGGCCAGCGCAGCAUCACAAGACGGACCACAUACAAGUUUUCUCGGUAAGCCGCCGUGUGAAUCUGUAGCCAUACUACCGCCACAGUCAUUGUCAGCGCACACUGAUAGAGUCUUCACAAAUUUUGAUAGAUAAUUGUUUGGCUGUGGGUUCUAUGAACACGUUACUACGACUGCUACUAAUGACACAAUCGUUAGGAUCGGCUGUGCAGCUCUUCCCGAUAGGUAUUAGGCUCAACAAAUUCAACACCUUCUACAUCCGUCUCUUUAUUGCACCGUUGAGCCAACUCACCAAAUCUUUCAAAUGAUCGUCUUCGUGUCUGCAUCACCAAGCGAAGAGCUUCUACACAAGUCUACAUCAAGUCAUUGUAUUUCUACCUUAUCCGAUGCCUAUAUUCGAUCAUUGCCCUGCCGAAACGACCAUGCAUUGUUCGAUCUAGUCGCUCGCUACGUAUCGAACGACCUUAACCGACUAUAUGGAAGCACCAUGAAAAUUGUUACAUAUCUGGACGUUGCUGUCUCGCACAAUUUACAUGGUGUGUGCUAGUGUGGGUCACAACUGUAGUGAAGCCAUGCUUAAUUACCUAAUAAAGCUAUCGUAUACAUCUCUGCCACGUUGUUUACACUGCUGAACUGGCAGCAAUUCCUAACGCUUAUAAUCGUUCCACCUGCUACAUUAAGGAUAUUUCUCAAUGAUCCAAUAAAUGCAAUGCUUGCGGCGUUCGCUAGAAAAUUCUAUUUACUUGAUAAGGCACUGCCAGCGUUGCUCAGCGCUUUCUUGGUCACUUUUUGCUUCCGACGCUCGCUAAAGGGCCCGCCGGCACGCUUUUGUCGCCUCGAACGGUGAGUAGCUAUACUUGAACUCGACUUUAAGCAUAACGCUAGGCUCAUCUUUCAUAAUUUGAUUGCAAGCUCGGAGACUGAUCGUGUUCUUGAUUAUAGUCUUGGAAGCUUUUGUACUCGCCAUCUAUGGCAGUUAAAAUGGGAUGAGACUGAACGCACUCGUUAUACAACCAUUGAUUGCAUAUGGCGUCGAACGAUCGCGAAAUAAUACACUCUGGCAUAAUCGGAUCACGAACUUGCAAACUGCGAAAAUUUGCUACCACUAUCCUGGAAGCCAGCCUUUACGCUCGAUGUGACGACAGAAAUGCCAUUAGUUGAAAGGAAAUCCAGAAUUGUUGAAUCGGAACUCUAGAUUUUCUACGCCAUCGUACAGUGGCUCUACUAUUCAACGUCGUUCAAUAUUAUUAUAACGAAAUAUCGAGCUGCACUCCCGUCACGCGAUCGCUUGUUCACGAUGAACGCUAGUGUUCGUCACUCGUGCAAAUCAGCACCAUUGAGGCAUUUUUAACUGAAUGACAAAACAAAACAUUUAGGCCGUGUGCCAACGUCGUGUCCACCACACUCACUACAUAAGGUCGACUGUUAAAACCUUAAAAUUACUGUUAUGGCUCUCCAGUGUAGCAAAAACCCACCAGUCUUCUCCGAAUCUGUUGAUCUAUGAAAAAUAGACUGCACACCUGAUCCAGUAUGCGUAUAUAUUACUUUAUUUACUUUCGGAACUCAGAGCGAUGCUCAAUUGCACUAGGAAUAGCAUCGUGAUCGCAC